AAAUGUUUUAUUACCUUUGAGAGCUUCAUCUGAACUGUCAGGCCCGGAGGGAAGGAGGAGAGGAGAGAGAGUGGAGAGCGGCGGAGAGGGUCAGCUUGGCCAGAGGACAGGACUUAGAAGCGAAGCCUGUAAAGCCUCGAAGAAAAUGCGAGAGAGAGGCAAAGGCGACGAGUGAGAGGAAGCGAGGACGCCGGGGGGUGGGGCGGGGGUCGCCAGGCCCGUUUGCAGAAGUGGACAGACGCGCAGAGCCCUAACCGAGGCCAUCAGACUUUUCACACGUAGUCUUUGUUUUUCUGUGUUUUUCCUCCUCCCCUCUGUCUCUUUCAAUAUUGUAACUCUAGUGCCUUGUCGCCCAGAGGGAAAGGCGAGUCGGGCGAGUGGCGCGCCGAAUCCGGGAGCCGUGGGGAUCCAGGCACUGCCCUUUCUGGCCGGCGGAGGAAGCCCGCCCCGAGGCGAGGUCCUCCCGCGGGCCGGAGGCGCUCCCUCCCCGCGCGCCGCGAGCGCCGAGUGCGAAUCAGCCUGGGACCGAAGGAGCAGGGCUUCCGCGUAAGAUUAGAGGAGCUCCUCGGGCGGAACCCGGCGUCCUUUGAACCUCUCCAAAGAAAGCCAGCCAGCCCCCACCCUCCGACAUCAAAGUGGAGAUUUGGUGACUCCUAACUUUGUUACGAACUCUCUGGGGCCGGCCGGGGGUUUGUUUUGCUUAUUUCCCGGGGGGAGAAGAUGGGAAGUAGCGCCCUUUGAGCGGCGAGGAAAAGUGAGGAGAAGAAGAGACCGCGGUUGAAUCCAGGAGUCCGGGAGCGAAGGGACAGACAGACCCACCCGGACGCCCGCCGGUCUGGGAGAGCCACCGCCUCUCGAGCGGCGUGUUUGUUUGUACGUUUCGGUGGCGCAGCUCCGAGAGCAACUCUAGGCAGCGGCGUGCUCGGCCCAGUUGGCCGGUGGCCGCCGGGUGCGCGGUGCUGCUCCCCGCUCGUGCCCUCCGCGCUUCUCGCUCCCCCCAGCCCCGCCGCGGGCACCGGCCCGCGCCCUUGCUGCGUGGCUGCGGGCUCCGGCCUGGCCGUGGGAUGUUAGCGGUGGGGGCGAUGGAGGGCACCCGGCAGAGCGCGUUCCUGCUCAGCAGCCCGCCCCUGGCCGCCCUCCACAGCAUGGCCGAGAUGAAGACCCCGCUCUACCCCGCCGCGUACCCCCCGCUGCCCGCCGGUCCCCCCUCCUCCUCGUCGUCGUCCUCCUCCUCCUCGUCGCCAUCGCCGCCUUUGGGCGCCCACAACCCCGGCGGCCUGAAGCCCCCUGCCGCGGGGGGGCUCUCGUCUCUGGGCAGUCCCCCGCAGCAGCUCUCCGCCGCCACCCCGCACGGCAUCAACGACAUCCUGAGCCGGCCCUCCAUGCCCGUGGCCUCAGGGACCGCCUUGCCCUCCGCUUCGCCCUCCGGUUCCUCUUCCUCCUCUUCCUCGUCCACCUCUGCUUCUUCCGCUUCGGCCGCCGCCGCCGCCGCCGCGGCUGCCGCCGCCGCCGCCUCGUCCCCCGCGGGGCUGCUGGCCGGCCUGCCCCGCUUCAGCAGCCUGAGCCCGCCGCCGCCGCCGCCCGGGCUCUACUUCAGCCCCAGUGCCGCCGCCGUGGCCGCCGUGGGACGGUACCCCAAGCCGCUCGCCGAGCUGCCCGGCCGGACGCCCAUCUUCUGGCCGGGAGUGAUGCAGAGCCCGCCCUGGAGGGACGCGCGCCUGGCCUGCACCCCUCAUCAAGGAUCCAUUUUGUUGGACAAAGACGGGAAGAGAAAACACACGAGACCCACGUUCUCGGGACAGCAGAUCUUCGCCCUGGAGAAGACUUUCGAACAAACGAAAUACUUGGCGGGGCCCGAGAGGGCUCGCUUGGCUUAUUCUUUGGGGAUGACGGAGAGUCAGGUCAAGGUCUGGUUCCAGAACCGCCGGACCAAGUGGAGGAAGAAGCACGCGGCGGAGAUGGCCACGGCCAAGAAGAAGCAGGACUCGGAGACCGAGCGGCUCAAGGGGGCCUCGGAGAACGAGGAGGAGGACGACGACUACAACAAGCCCCUGGACCCCAACUCGGACGACGAGAAAAUCACGCAGCUGCUGAAGAAGCACAAGUCGGGCAGCGGCGGCGGCCUCCUGCUGCACGCGUCCGAGGCGGAGGGCUCGUCCUGAGCGCCGCCGCCGCCAGCCACCGCCUCCGCCCGGGGCCGCGGGCCGCGCGCGCGCCCGGCCGUCCGGCCCCGCCCCGCCCCGCCUGCGGGGGGUCCUUUGCUAUUUUCUGAGAUGUACAUAUCUAUUUUUUUAACCUAAAAGUUGAGGAAGAUGGAGGAGAGAGACUCGGGGGUUGGUAAGAAGGCAGAAAAAUGACGAAUGCACUGCCCAAAGAACGCAACUGAAACUCUCCGCUGGGCCGUCCUCCGCGCGAGCUCCUACCCUCUCCCUGUAUCCCAGGAGGGAGCGGCCCGGACCCCCAGCGCACUCAGGCUUCCCGGCCUUUGCAUCGCAGGGAAAGUGGGGGCGGGGGGGCGCCCUCAGGGACCAGUUUUCGUGGGAUCGGCUGCUACCGCGCAGGGGACCUCGGAGCUGAGCGGGCGGGCGGACGCCAAGGAUGGGAAGAGGGACGCGCCUCCCCCCCACAAACUGCUGUGCGGACUAAAGUAACCUGUUGAAGGCCCCUUGUAAAUAAAUCGUGAGUCACACUGACUAGAAGUUACUUUAUUGUGAAUAUUUAAAAUGUAAAAUGGUUUUUUGAAUUUGGUAUAAGAGAUGGACCUCCCUUUUAAGAGCUAUUAAAACCGCCCGUUCCCCUUUUAUUUUGAACUUAAUUGGAGACCGUAGAAAAGAACGUUCUCAGCCCCCCUCUCCUCCAGCUACUCCGGGGUUUGGGUUUGUAGGGUCUCACUUCCCCGCCUCGUCCCCACUCACCCCCCGCUCCACCACCCCGAGCGCGGGCGGCUCCAGCCUCCAGCCUCCAGGACUUGAAGUAGAAGAAGCAGAACCGCCUCUCCGUUCCUCUCUGAAAUUGCACAGUCGUUUGUUGCUAUUUAUUAGUGAUUUAAAGAAAGUAUUCGGGAGGGAGGGGCUACAUAGCUUGUAUUUAAUUUAACUCCUUUCUGAUAAAAAUGCGUGUUAAAAUAGAUGGUGGGCAUUGUUACAACUGCUCUGGGUCAGAAACAUAAAAAUCCAUUUAGUUGCUGUAAUUGAAUUUGAAGUGUUUUGUAUGAUAAGAAUACUACAGACUAUGUAAAUUGUUUUCUUUUUUUAAGCUAAUAACGGUGAUAUAUUAGCAUCUUUAACAUUUAUUAAUUUAUAUAAGGAAUUCGGUUUGUAAAGAGAAAAGACACCCCCCACCCCUUGCAAGACCAGUUAAAUGUAAUGCAC